GCGAAAGCGGCGGCGGCGGCAGCGGCGGCGGCGGCCGCUGCAGCCUCACAUUCGGUCGCCAAGCUGGAGGAGCGACGGAAGCCCGAUCCCAGGAGGAUGGAGGAUGAAGCUGUCCUGGACAGAGGGGCUUCCUUCCUCAAACAUGUGUGUGACGAAGAAGAAGUAGAAGGUCACCACACGAUCUACAUUGGGGUCCAUGUGCCCAAGAGCUACCGGAGAAGGAGACGCCAUAAGAGAAAGGCUGGGCACAAGGAAAAGAAGGAGAAGGAAAGGAUCUCUGAGAACUAUUCCGACAAAUCAGAUGUGGAGAAUGCGGACGAAUCCAGCAGCAGCAUCCUCAAGCCACUCAUCUCCCCGGCCGCAGAACGUAUCCGAUUCAUCUUGGGAGAGGAAGAUGACAGCCCAGCACCUCCUCAGCUCUUCACGGAACUCGAUGAGCUGCUGGCUGUGGAUGGACAGGAGAUGGAAUGGAAGGAGACAGCCAGGUGGAUUAAGUUUGAAGAGAAAGUGGAACAGGGUGGGGAGCGAUGGAGCAAACCCCAUGUGGCCACCUUGUCCCUGCACAGCUUGUUUGAGCUGAGGACAUGUAUGGAGAAAGGAUCCAUCAUGCUUGACCGGGAGGCCUCCUCUCUCCCACAGCUGGUGGAGAUGAUUGCAGACCACCAGAUCGAGACAGGCCUCUUGAAACCGGACCUCAAGGAUAAGGUCACCUAUACGCUGCUGCGGAAACACCGGCAUCAAACCAAGAAAUCCAACCUUCGGUCCCUGGCUGACAUUGGGAAGACAGUCUCCAGUGCAAGUAGGAUGUUCAGCAACCCUGAUAACGCCCGCAGCCCGCUUGAGAACUCAGUGCCCUGCCUAGCAAAUCGCACCUUGGACGAUGACCCCCGAGUGCGGCGCACUCCCAGCGUGGGAUGGCUCAGUAGCCCAGCCAUGACCCACAGGAAUCUGACAUCCUCCAGUCUCAAUGACAUUUCUGAUAAACCAGAGAAGGACCAGCUGAAGAAUAAAUUCAUGAAAAAACUGCCCCGUGAUGCAGAAGCGUCCAACGUGCUCGUUGGGGAGGUUGACUUCUUGGACAGUCCCUUCAUUGCCUUCGUUCGUCUACAGCAGGCUGUCAUGCUGGGUGCCCUGACUGAGGUGCCUGUGCCCACAAGGUUCUUGUUCAUUCUCUUAGGUCCAAAGGGGAAAGCCAAGUCCUACCAUGAGAUUGGAAGAGCCAUUGCCACCUUGAUGUCUGAUGAGGUGUUCCACGAUAUCGCUUACAAAGCGAAAGAUAGACACGACCUGAUUGCUGGCAUUGACGAGUUCUUAGAUGAAGUCAUUGUCCUUCCACCUGGGGAAUGGGACCCGGCAAUCAGAAUAGAGCCUCCAAAGAGCCUCCCAUCAUCUGACAAAAGGAAGAAUAUGUACUCAGGUGGAGAGAACGUUCAGAUGAAUGGGGACACACCUCAUGAUGGAGGCCACGGAGGAGGAGGCCACGGUGACUGUGAAGAACUACAGAGAACUGGCCGGUUCUGUGGUGGAUUAAUUAAGGACAUAAAGAGGAAAGCACCAUUUUUUGCCAGCGACUUUUAUGACGCUUUAAAUAUUCAGGCUCUCUCGGCAAUUCUCUUCAUCUAUCUGGCGACGGUAACCAACGCCAUCACUUUCGGAGGCCUGCUCGGGGAUGCCACCGACAACAUGCAGGGUGUGUUGGAGAGUUUCCUGGGCACUGCUGUCUCUGGCGCCAUCUUUUGCCUUUUUGCGGGUCAACCGCUCACCAUCUUGAGCAGCACGGGACCUGUUCUGGUGUUUGAGAGGCUUCUUUUUAACUUCAGCAAGGACCAUAGUUUUGACUACUUGGAGUUUCGUCUUUGGAUUGGCCUGUGGUCAGCCUUCAUGUGUCUCAUCCUGGUAGCCACUGAUGCCAGCUUCCUGGUUCAGUACUUCACCCGUUUCACGGAAGAAGGAUUCUCCUCUCUGAUCAGCUUCAUCUUCAUCUAUGAUGCUUUCAAGAAGAUGAUCAAGCUAGCAGAUUACUAUCCUAUCAACUCUGACUUCAAAGUGGGCUACAACACUCACUUCUCCUGUGCUUGCCUGCCACCUGACCCAGUUAAUCUCUCAGUAUCUAAUGAUACCACACUAGCCCCAGAGGACCUGCCAACCGUUUCUUCUACGGACAUGUACCACAAUGCUACCUUUGACUGGGCCUACUUGUCAAAGAAAGAGUGUGUGAAAUUUGGAGGAAAGCUCGUGGGAAACAACUGUGACUUCGUCCCUGACAUCACACUCAUGUCCUUCAUCCUCUUCCUGGGCACUUACACCUCUUCUAUGGCCAUGAAGAAAUUCAAAACCAGCCGCUAUUUUCCAACCACAGCAAGAAAACUGAUCAGCGAUUUUGCCAUCAUCCUGUCCAUUCUCAUAUUCUGUGUAAUAGAUGCCCUCGUCGGUGUGGAUACUCCGAAGCUAAUUGUGCCAAGUGAGUUCAAGCCAACAAGCCCUCACCGGGGUUGGUUUGUCCCACCCUUUGGAGGAAACCCCUGGUGGGUGUGCCUUGCUGCUGCUAUCCCGGCUUUGCUAGUCACCAUCCUGAUUUUCAUGGACCAGCAAAUCACGGCCGUAAUUGUGAACAGGAAAGAACAUAAGCUCAAGAAGGGAGCUGGCUAUCACCUGGACCUGUUUUGGGUCGCCAUCCUCAUGGUGGUGUGCUCCUUCAUGGCUCUUCCCUGGUAUGUGGCUGCUACUGUCAUCUCCAUCGCUCACAUCGACAGUCUGAAGAUGGAGACAGAGACUUCUGCGCCUGGAGAACAACCAAAGUUUCUGGGAGUGAGGGAACAACGAGUCACUGGAACCCUUGUGUUUAUUCUGACUGGCCUGUCAGUCUUUAUGGCUCCCAUCUUGAAGUUUAUCCCCAUGCCUGUUCUGUAUGGCGUGUUCCUGUACAUGGGGGUGGCCUCACUGAACGGUGUGCAGUUCAUGGACCGUCUUAAGCUGCUUCUCAUGCCCCUGAAGCAUCAACCUGACUUCAUCUACCUGCGCCACGUCCCCCUGCGCCGAGUCCACCUGUUCACCUCCCUGCAGGUGUUGUGCCUGGCUCUGCUCUGGAUCCUCAAGUCCACAGUGGCUGCGAUUAUUUUUCCAGUCAUGAUCCUGGCCCUGGUAGCUGUCAGAAAAGGUAUGGACUACCUCUUCUCCCAGCACGACCUCAGCUUCCUUGAUGAUGUCAUUCCAGAGAAGGACAAGAAAAAGAAGGAGGACGAGAAGAAGAAGAAAAAGAAAAAAGGAAGUCUGGAUAGCGACAACGACGAUUCUGACUGCCCAUACUCAGAAAAGGUCCCCAGUAUUAAAAUUCCAAUGGACAUCAUGGAACAGCAACCUUUCCUAAGUGAUAACAAACCCUUGGACAGAGAAAGAUCCUCAACAUUCCUUGAACGCCACACAUCAUGCUGAUAAAAUUCCUUUCCUUGAGUCACUGGGUUUACCCAGUCCUCCAAGAUCUCCAGUGAAAGUCGUGCCUCAAAUUAGAAUAGAACUUGAGUCUGAAGACAACGAUUAUCUUUGGAGGAACAAGGGAACAGAAACCACGUUGUAACCUGUUUGUCAUUCUCAAAACUGACAGUUCUGUUGUUAACUGUUCUAAUUUUUUUUUUUUUGUCUAUGUAUUUUAAAAACUUUUGUUUGGUCACUGACUGAAUAAUACAGUCACUCUCUCUGCUUCUCUCUUGCAUAGGUAAAAAUCAAGACAAUAGUGUCCCUUUUCUUUAAAAAAAAAAAGCAUUUGAGGGUCACAUUCUUGAAUUCAUGCAUUCAGAUGUGUCCUCUGACAUGUAAAUCCCUCUGUCACAGGAGACAAACACAGAAACCGCUCUUGUCAAGCAGAGAUCAAAUGUGUUAAGAAUUUUUGUACCACCUUUUAUGAAACUAUUGAAGGAACUUAUGACCUAAGCUUGGAGCUGUGCUUACUGGCUUGGCUCUGUCUGGUAGAGUAGCCCUUGACCUCCAGACAGAGUCCCUUCCUGCUUACAGAGUCCCCAAGACUGGAAAAGUGCUGCUACCAACUUGCCCUUGCUCGCCAACCCUGAUUUUAGAGUUAUCAAAAGCAAAAAACACUAAAGGUACUUUGCUCCCUGUAGAGAAACCUUUGCCAUCUUGUAGCAAGUGCUGGAAUGUCCCUUUUCCUAUGCAACUUUUUUAACCCUUUAAUGAACUUAUCUGUUGAGUACAUCGAAGAAUAUUUUUCUUCCUAGAUUUUUUUGUUUAAAUUAUGGGGCCUAACCUGCAACUUAUUUUUUGUCAAUUUUUUAAACUUUUUUUUAAUUACUGUAAAGAAAAUGAAUUUUUUUCCUGCAGCAGGAAACAUAGUUUUGAGUAGUUCUACCUCUUACCUGUAGCUGCCAGGCUUUCUGUAAAAAAAUGUAUUGUAUAUAAUGUGAUUUUUACACACGUGUGUGCACAUGAGUACGCACGCACAUGCACACACACACACACACACACACACACACACACACACACACACACACACACCACUCGAGGGUAAGCCAGAAGGCUAGAACAAAUUAAAAGAAAAAUGAAACACCAUGUUUCUAAGAAUCUGUUGGGUUGUCAGAUUGUCCCCGCCCCCCCCCCUUUUUUUUCAAAAUAAAUGUAGCUGUUUUGUGAAGGAAUCUGGGGAGGAGACAGAACUGUGUGCAGGAGGGAUAACUUCUGCUGUGGGGGUGGUCAUGCUGGGAGCAGAUGCUGGUGUGUUACACAUCGAACAUCCUACAAAGUAUUGGUAGGGAUUUCCUCAUUUUAAUAAUUUGUGUGUUUGUGUAAAAACUCUGUGUGUGGUUGUUGCACACCUGUGCAAAGCCAGAUGGAGUGACAGUAGCCAGAGGGCAAAGCUGUCAUGCUUCUUGUGUCCAUUUUUAUAAAAUCCAAAACCACUCAUGAGAACUCUAUUAGGGGCCAAGAAAUACAUUGUGUAAGUUCAGGCAAGCAUAGCUUAUUCCUCAGAUGCCAGUCAGCACCACAGAUACAACAGUCCGGAUCUACAAUAUGGAAGCCAUAAGAAUAUUAACAGCCCUGUCACAUACCUGUAACAUGGUGUAGGAAUGUACAUAGAUCUGCAAAGAAAGUUUAAAGUGCUCACUUACAUGCACUCUUAGGAUAGGGUUAUUGGACCACUCAGAAUACGUGUAUGUGUGUGUAUCUAUGUGCUUCAAUAGACCGAGUUGAAAAUUAGACCUUUCUUAGGCAAAUUGAGUGUGGCAUUUGAUUGCAGUAUUUUUAGUAAGUUCUAUUAUAUACUGAUUAUAUAUUGAGAUGAUAAUUUGGAUGGGGAAUCCACACUUUUGGAUUUGUGUAGCAACAGUUGUGAUAUAUAUUCACUGGGAGAGAUUGCUGGGAGAGUUAGAGGAGCAGAAGGGAACCACUUACUCUCACUGGUUCUGUGGUUGGUUCUUAAGGACUCCCACCUUCUUACGUGAACUAAAAUAUAGUCCUGCUCUCCUGAAAAUUUGAUAAGAGUUUUAUUAUCCUGUUAGAUGUAACUUUUAUGGCAUUUGGUCAUCCUGAAACUUUAGAUUUUAGAGAAACUAGGCAUGAAUGACCCCAAGAUUUUUGUUGUUGUUGUCGUUGUUGUUCAAUGAUAGCAUCAAAUCAUAUGCUAUUUGGUAACCCCUCGAAUGAUACAUUUUUACAUCACAUUUGUCUUGAGGGCUAUCCUUAAAAUGGGUGUUGUGCAUUAUCUGGCAUUCUCUUAAACCAUGUAAGGAAAUCUUACCUUUUCUGCGAUAGACACAUCAGUAAAAUAUUUAAAAGCAUGCAUCAUAAAUGCAGUCCAUAUAUAUAUAUAUUUUUUUCUAAUUAUGAAUCAAGUUUAUGUAGGGACUCAUGGUCCUCCUCUUACUUAGAGAGCCCCUGGAGUAACUCAUUAGUUCUUGAGUAGAUCUUAAAGUUAUCUCACCUGACGAAUGUUCCCCAGUCUGUGACUGGGGUGGAUGGUUAGUAUUCACAGAAUGAACAUAAAGCCAUACCUUACAUUUGCCGCAGGAAUAGUUAACAGCAAGUGCUCUCAUUACCGCCAUAGCACCCACACUAACAAGCAGAACCCCAAAUCUCUAUGGAUGCACCGUCGUAUCUGAAUCGGGCUGAAUUCGCUUAUUGGCCAGCAACCAAACAGAUUUCAUAGUGGUUUGGUUUUUAGUAAACUGGACACAAAUGAAGCAACGAAUUCUUUAUAAUGUCUUUCUACCUUCCUUCCUCCCUGGAUGUGAAUCGGGGAUGAGUGUUUCUCGAAGCAAAGACUCAGAGUUCUCGUCCAGGAGUUCUGUGGUAGUGCAAACUGGCUGGGAGAGAGGAGAUGUGCAGGCUGAGCCUGCUUGUCGAAGCAUCGAGGCCUCCAGUUGGCAGAAACCCUGGGAGAUGCUGGUCCUUUCCUACUGCGUGCAGAAACUACUAAUCGUUUUGUAUGUCAGAGGCAGUGUUGUUUCAGCCUCUCCUGAGAAAGUCUAGGGGUGGGGCUAGGAAGUACUCGUUUGAGAAGACAUAAACCUGACCUUCCUUCUUCUCCCCCACCUAAGAGAAAGGGCUGUUUGUUGUCAGUAAUCUGGCUUAUGUGCAUUUGGGGCACAUAUAACAAUACACACAGAGUAAAUCCUUUGUCAGUUACGUGUUGCUGUUUAAUAUAGCAAAUGAUUGUCUUCCAUGUUUUUGUUUCUUUUAUUUUUAACUGUGUUAAAGUACUUGAAAUGUAUUGACUGCUGAGAAUCUUUAAAAACAGAACCAUACGAGUUAUAUUACAGAGGUUGGCGUUGACCAGGAAUGGGACAAAGUUUUCUUCAAUUUUUUUUUUUUCAUACCACUUCACAAUUUUGGUGCAAGGACCUGAGAUUUUCUCCCUUAUGUUCUGUGAUAUUUUUCCAUCUGCACUCACAGCACGAGCACGAAGCCCAGUUGGUACGAAGUGAGACUGGAGACAGAAGACAGCCUUGGGGAGUUUUCCGAUGAUGACUUAAUGGAGCUUCCUGGUAGCCCAACUGAAAACCCUUCUGUAAUAUAUGUGAAUGGGGCGGGCUGUGUUUCGACCAGAGAUUUGGAUCUAUCUUAUUCCUGGCUCAUUUCAUUGUGCUCUGUGGAUACACACAAGAAUCCUGAAUUCUGUUUCCUAGGCAAAUACUGAAACUCAGGGCUAAAGUCACCCAGUGAAUCCUUAGAACCUGAAGUAACUUUGUCCCAGGCCUACAAUGUGCAUCGACUGCAGAGUCGCCUCCUUGCAGCCAAGUUCACGGCUGGAACAUAUCCGUACACAUUACGUUUCACAAUCAGUACACACUUUCAGGUAGUCUUAUUUUUAUUCUCUUAAGUCUUUAUUAACUUUGGAGAAAUGAUGCAUCUUUUUAUUUUAAAUGAAGUAGGAUCAACAUGGUGGAACAAAAUGAUAAAGAACAGAAAACAUUUCAAUAUAUUACUAAUAAUUUUUUUUCCAAUAUGAAACCUAAAAUUCCUAUAACAUAGUAUUUUACAGUUUUAUGAAGCUUUCUAUUGUGACUUUUAUGGAAUUAAGAGAUGAAGAAGAUGAGAUAUUUUAGCAUUUAUAUUUUUCAAAAUUAAAUGUAUACUUAAAAUAAAGUAACUUUAUGCAUUUA